AUGGAUAAUAAUCUGCUACGCAACGGCGCCAAGUCAGUAGCAUCUUGUCCAGACAAUGACGACUGCAAGCCCUCAGCCCGACUCAUCGCCACGGGCUUCAAUGCCCACGGUCAGCUUUCCAGCGACACCUCAUCCGAUAUCUUGAGCUUCAUACCUAUUUGCGAGACUCCGGCAAAGGACCUCCGAAUCUUGUUCGCAGGCUGGAGUCAGACUCUCAUCGUUGCUGAGGGAGGUCUUCUCUGCCUCGGGAACAAACAAUCCGAGGCCAAGGAGGAAUUCACCAAACGAAAGAAUACCACGUGGACAUCUUCCAUUGGCGAUAUCAAUGGCGUGUUACUUACUGUCGACGCCUCAGGAAUCACGCAUACAAUCCACGAUGAAGAGGCUARAGAUGAGGACUCCCCUCCCCUGGGUAACAUUGCACUCGCCAAAAACGGACGAGUUGCGCUUACCUUCAAGCAAACCCCAACUGCUCAACUAUGCCAUGUCAUGGAGUUUAGCUCGUAUGAGCGAUUCUUUUCCUGGCUGAGGAAUCCCAGCGGGGAGGGAAACUACCCGGAUGGACAUCAUAUGCUUCCAGGAAGACCAAAGCAACUGCUUGCCAAUACGGGCACCUUCAUAUUGCUGAUGGAAGGAGGUGAGGUAUACACCUGGGGAGAUGCAAGGUACGGGUCGCUCGGUAGAUCCAUAUCGGGAGAGGUUGCCUUGCCUGCGGACAAACCAGGGGYUGUGGAGGCAUUGGGCGGUCUCAAGAUUGGAAAGAUCGCAGCAGGUGGUUGGAUCUGUGCAGCACUGUCCGAGGAUGGCGCGUUGUAUGUAUGGGGAACCACUAGUCCAGGCGGCGAGGCAAAGAUCAAUGCUCUCAAGGCUGAGCAUGGAGGAGAUGUUGCGCUGGUGGAGAUUCCAGGCGGAACUUCCGGGGACCCCUUUGACGUUCUUGAUGUUGCAGUCGGCGAUGAUCACAUCGCAGCAAUAGUUGAAGGCAAUCGUUUCUUCGUCGUUGGCGGGAAUGACAAUGGCCAGCUAGGCCUCGGAGAUGAUGCCAGUCGUGCAGACUGGCACGAGGUGGUGUCGUCAUGGAAGGUCCAAUCCGUAUGGUGUGGUCCGCUGUCCACAUUUGCGCGUGUAGAUGUCAAAUGA